AUGGCUGCUGGUUCGGCUGUUGCUCGCCUACUCUAUCCCUGCAAAAGAAGAAGAGGAGAACAUGGGAAAACGGAGGGGAAGGGGAGAAGAGGAAGACGAGAGGGAGAGAGGGGGUUUAGGCGGGGAAGAGGAAGACGAGAGGGAGAGAGGGACGGCUGCUGGCUUUGGGCGACUGGUGGUACCCGUCGUGCUAUCCCUGCAGGUGGAGAAAAAGGGAGGGAAAAUAAAGAGGGGAAACGGGGGAGGAAGAGGAACAAUGGAGAGGGAAAGGGGAAGAAGGAGACGAUUGGGAAGAAGCGGGAGAGAAAGAGGGAGAAAGAGGCAGCUGGACAGAGGGAGGGGAGGAAGACGGCUGGUCGGAAAAGGGAGAGGGAGAAGAAGCGACGGGAGAGGGAGAAAAAGAGGGGGUGGCGGCUGGAGCUGCUGCUUCUCGCCGGAAAAAUGGAGAGGACGCAGGUAAAGGGGAAGGGGAGAAGACGAAAGGCGGUUGGAGAGAGGAGAGGAUGA